CACUGUGUUUUCCAAUCUUCAGAAGUGUUCCUAUUAAAGUGGCUGGUGAGAGUCUGUCUCAGUCUAAACCUCUAUAUUUUCCUUUCAUAAAUCUGUAAAACUGGAAUCCAGCAGCUUCAACAUCCAAAUUAACCAGCUUGUCAUAAUUACCAACGUUUCAUUUAAGCCAUGUGUCAAUCAACACUGUCCAUCACUGUAGCUGAGAAAACAGGGACAAAAAGAGGUUGAGGGAGCAUGGAAGGAAGGGCCUUGGGGAGUUUCAUAUCUGCCUUGGUCCCUCACUCUGAAAGCAGCUUAUCUCUCUCACACACAUUGAGCAGCACUGAAUUUAGAAUUACUUAUACACUUGCUGGCCUCAAAUUGAACCAGUCCUGUUAAAAAGACAAGCCAGUGUGUUUGGGAAAAUAAAACACGACCCACAUUUCUCUUGGGUGUAAGACCGAAGCAAAUGAUUGAAGGAGUAAAGUGCCAAAUGCCGAGACUAGAGGACCGCUGUUGGAGCUGCACCGGUGUGAAAGCGAAAGAUCUGACAGAUUUGUGUCUCUGGAUGGCGUCUAAAAUGGGUGAAAUGAUGUUCAUGGUCACGUCAGUGCUUCUCCGUGUUCGCUCUGCCAAUUUAAUCCGUCGUGGACUUGUCUUGUUUGCUGUCGGCGUGGUUUUAGCGUUGGUGCUUUAUUUCCUGCAAAUACAACGAAAAGACGCCUUGUUCCCUGAUGAAGUGCUGGAUACUUUGUUUUCUUCCGCCUGGUGGAUUCCUCUAUGCUGCGGAACAGCUGCUGCUGUGGUCGGUUUGCUGUAUCCAUAUCUGGACAGCCAUCUUGGAGAGCCGCACAAGUUUAAGCGCGAGUGGGCGAGUGUCAUGCGCUGCAUCGCCGUGUUCGUGGGCAUCAACCAUGCCAGUGCCAAGCUGGACUUUGUGAAUAAUGUGCAGCUAUGUCUCACGCUGGCUGCACUGUCUCUGGGUCUGUGGUGGACGUUUGAUCGCUCCAGGAAUGGAUUCGGUUUGGGCCUCACCACAGCGUUUUUUGCCACACUCAUCACACAGCUGUUGGUCUACAACGGCAUCUACCAGUUUCCAUCUCCGCCACUGGGCUACGUUCGCUCCUGGCUGCCCUGCAUCUUCUUCUCUGGAGGAGUGACGGUGGGGAACAUCGGCAGGCAGCUGGCCAUGGGUACAAACGAGAAACCUCACAACGACUAGCGGGCAGCACUGAUGGACCCAAAAUACCACAGCGAGGAGGAAUUGGAUGCUUCCUGUCGCAUUUCCACUCCCUCCUAAUCUCUCGUUCGUGUCGCUGAGAGAAAAGGCGGGCGGACUGUGUGCGUGUGUGUGUGUGUGUGUGUGUGUGUCCUAUGGACACAAAAUGGACAAAAUGGAACUCAUAGUCGAUGUUGACGUCACCUCACAAGUGUCCGUGUUGGUAUGAGAGACUGUUAUGGGGUUAACUUCCUGUCAAAAAAGUAACCAGACCUGAGUGCACGUCAUUAUUUUAUAAACUCUGAGUCAAUUUUGGUAAACCUGUAAUGUUGCGCCUCACGUUACGUGAAGCCCUGCCUCCUCACCUUCCUGGUGCCAUCCACCUGGCCCCAUCCCCUCAAAUCUCUACAGCCUUCCACCUGGCUUUCGCCAUCCUAGUGCUAUCUACGCGGCUCCUCCCGCUCACCUCUCUAGAUCAAUCCACAUGCCCAACCCCCCCCCCCCCCCCCCCCGCAAAAAAAAACGUUACAAUCGGGAGUUUUUCGCUCCAAAAGUUACUUGAGCGAAUCAUAAUAAUGUGAUCGAGGUUUUUUGCGUUGGCAACACGACAACGAUUUCUGAAUCUGAUGCCAGAUUUGUGAUCAGUAAACUCGUGAUCUCGUCAUCGUGGUUACUUUGUAAAAGAACUCCGUAGAGUUAUGUAGCACAACUGGGUUCAGUUGUUCACUUCUAAAGUGUGUUAGCCUCAUAAGUGUGUGAGUGUGAUAUACUGCAGAUCUAGAUAUAUAGACUGAAUCUGAAGGAAUUGUGUGUGUAUGUGUGUAAAAAAUGAUGGUGGCCAAAUAUGUGCUUGUUUUUUGUUUUUCUUUUUCUUCCCCCCAUUUUGUGUGGGAAAGCGAUGUUAAAUGAAAAGGGAAGAGUUUCAAGGCUGCACAAAAAUGUCUGGCAUCCAAAGAGGAGGCGUGAACGUUUGCUAAUAUUGUUAUUACUAUUAAUAACAAUUAUUGCUAGUGUUACUUUCCAGCGAGACUCAUUUGCCAAAUGAAAUAUUUAUCAUUUAAUAACAUGUCCUAGACGAUGUGUGACAUGACGCCAGGUUAAUUCACGUACGCCUUUUUAUACGAUAGAUCGUGAUGUUCAACAUGGACAUUCAUAGAAGCCUGUUCUGAGGAUGGAAUACAGACUCAUGAUGAAUAAUCCACAAUAAUAAAUAUUGUUACAUGCUUAAUAUGAUGAUGGGUUUUUGUCCAUUUGUGAAUGGGCACACAUGUGCACGCUUAAAUACGCAAAAUGGACACAUUUCGUUUUUACGAAGGUCGUUCAUUGAAAAAAUAAAUAAAUAAAUAAAAAUAUUUUUUCAUUGCAGCCUUGAAGAUUUUGCAAUCCGUGAUUGCCUUUGUAUUAUAGAACGAGUGCUUUUUGUCACUUUUUUUUUCCUUUCUUUUUCACUUUGUGUUUUGCCCACCACGUGUAAUCCAAUUCUGUUAAUCGUACAAAAACGUGCCGUAUUUUCCGGAGUUGUAGACAAAUUUGCAAUGUGACCAUAAAACUCAGUUGUUCAGAAGAUGCUCCACCCAGCACACGCUCUGAUUGGCUGACAACCAUAUACGGUUGUGCCAGAGCUAGAGAACGAGGCGUUUUUAUAUAUAUAUAUAUAUAAGUUGUUGGCAAGACUUCGCAAAGAAUAAGAUGCAAGCAGCUGUUUUCAGGACUAUGAAGCAUUUUGAAACCUAGCUUAGAUUUACACAACAAUUAUAUCCGUUUAACAUUUUGCACGUUUUAGCAAGAUCUAGUAUCGGUUAACGUUUGACCAGACCUGAAAUAAUUGACACUCCUCAGCCAAUCAGAAUCGUAUUUUCCUUACAUAGUGUCCUUGCUAUACAACACUUGAGAAUUUACGAGGUGUGCCUUUUUAUAUUCUGGAAAAUACGGCGAUUUUUUUUUUUUGUAACUUGAAGUGCAAUCGGUUAUAACAAGCCUUGAUUUAUUUAUUUCUAUUUUUUUCUUUCAUAAAGGAUCAUAUGCAGUACGAAGAAGCAAUAACUCGCGUUUCGAGUUAGUUUACGUUCACGCACAAGCUGAUCUUUUCAUGACACCAGUGACCACUUCUACUGUUCUGAGUAAAAAGUGUGUAUCGUCACGUUUUACCUGUCGAGUAGUAUUAGUGAAAUGUUUGAAGUGGAGGUGCGAGACGCGGCUGGAAGAUAAAAUAUUAACGCGACUCGCUAACAGGACUUCAGUUCAGGGAAAUGAUAAAGACUCGAAGUGAACGAAAGCUUUAUUUUAUUUGAGGAAUUUGAAAUUCUUUUUUUUUUUUGGACUUGUUUUGCUUUUUGUCUGUGUUUUAUUGUUGUAGUUGCAUGAUUUCUACUAUACUGUCUAUAAAAUAAAAUGAAGUUGAAAGUG